CCCCAUCAAGCGUGCAGCUACAACAGACAUUGGCGAACGACCCGCCAAGAAGCAUGCAUCGCACUCCCCAGAGGAAGGCGAGCUAGACGACCCAUCGUCGAGCAGUUAUGCAGGUCCCAGUGCCGCAGCACCACCCCUACAGCAAGACCGCAAGCCCAAGAAACUUGUCGCAUUCCCCUUCAAGAAAAAGACGAUAGACUCUGGCAAGCCGCCUACUGUGUCGGUCUCGACGUCGGCCUCUCUGCUGGAACAGGCUCCUUCGCCGCCACCCCCAGCUGAGGACAAGCCGCCACCUGUCAUCUACGAGCGUCCGGAGAAUGACACCAACAGCUUGCUCAAGCGCAUUGGGGGGCGAGUCGAGGACCAGCGCCCGUCAUGGCAAUCAAAUUCAUCGCGAAGUAAACCGGCAUGGCCAACCAGCAGGCGCAUGGACAGCUACAGGCCCGACGACAACUACAACAACGCCACUAGCUCCCGCCCCUCGUUCGACCAGCGCCGCCGCUCCCCUUCUCUUCCGCCAGGUAAUGGCGCAUCCCGCUCCACGCCCUCUCCUUCGUCUCACAGCCACAAACGCCAUCUUCCCGUCCGUCCCCUCUCCCCCUCCCCGCCGCCACGCUCCCGCCAAGGCGACCACUACAGGCCUCGCUCGCCAAACGUAAGCGCCGAUCGGCACGGAGACGCAGAUACACGCGGCCGUCCUCUGAGCCCAGGCCCCUACGCCGGCCGGCGUCGCUCUCCCGAGGCACCCGAGCGUUCAUAUGUCCCCGCCGGGGCUUCUUCAACCGCUCCUGUUCCUGCUCCUGCCGGCCGACCGCCCCUCCGCCUGGGAUUCUCCCCCGUGCCCACGGAUGCGGCCAACUUUUCCCCGCCAAGGAGAGACUACAGCCUCGACCGCAAUCAUGAUGCGGUAAUGCGUGGAGAGGACAAUGGUGCGGCGAAUGGCAAUGACGGGUGGUGGCCGCGCGACUAUCCCCCGCGGGACCACAGCAGGGGCGACAGCUGGCGGCCUGGAGGCGAUGGGCGACGGGGCUGGGAUAGAGACAGAGACAGAGACCGGGACCGCGAUCGGGAUCGAGACCGGCGACCACCGAAUGAUGAUAGGUUUUAUCGGCCCCAGGAACCUGCGUCGCCCCACUCCUCGCGAGGGCAUUAUGAUGCUUAUGACAGAAAUGACCGGGAUCGGCGUCGGGUAUCAUGGGAUCGGAAUCGAGACCGGGACAGAAACCGGGAGCGGGACAGAGACAGGGAAAGGGAUAGAGAGAGAGGACGAGACAAGCGGACGGACGUAGGCUCCUACAGGCCUAUGUCGCCGCCCGCGUACAAGCCUGCGUCUCCCGCACGCUCGUACACCUCGCGGCACUCAAGACAGUCUCGCUCGCCACAUUCACGCAAGGGCCCACGGACUCCAUCGCUGCCUCCGCGUUCGGCGUCUCCGCGAACAGGCGGGACUUCACCGCCAGCAGAGCCUUUACUGCCGCCACCGGUUGACCUUCUCGAUGUGCCGCCUCCGCCGCCACCGGAUGCUCCGCCACCUAUGCCGCCGCCUGAUGCUAGACUUGCGCCGAACCAAACUCGACCGCCGCUCCCGUAUAGCAAGCAAUCGUGGCAACGCCCACCACCCCCGCCCGCACCCAAGGACAUCCACACGCCUCCGUCGAUGGCGCUUCCCGAUCCGAAGAAGGGUGAUGCCGGUGUAAAGGACGCAGCGCAGGAUCCGAGUGUUGCUGCCUCUGCCAAAGACAAGGGCAAGGACACGGAUGCAAAGCCUCAAGCGCAGGUGGUGCGCAAGCGCGCCGCCGUUACACGAACGCCGAAACAGGAAGAAGAGGCGUACGGACGCGUGUUCAAGGGCUGCGGACAGCAGAACGAUUAUGUGCUGACGACCAAGCUGGGAGAGGGGACGUUCGGAGAGGUGCACAAGGCGUUCCACCGCAAGACGGACCGGCAGGUCGCGCUGAAGCGUAUAUUGAUGCACAAUGAGAAGGAGGGUAUGCCUGUUACGGCGCUGCGCGAGAUUAAGAUCCUGAAGGCGCUCAAGCAUGAGUGUAUCGUGGAGAUUUUGGAUAUGUUCGUCGUGCGGAGCAACGCGAAGGAUCCGCUCUCGGUGUACAUGGUGUUUCCGUAUAUGGACCACGACCUUGCGGGUCUGCUCGAGAACGAACGCGUCAAGCUCCAGCCGAGUCAUAUCAAGCUGUACAUGAAGCAGCUGCUCGAGGGCACGGCGUAUAUGCAUCAGAACCAUAUUCUCCACCGCGACAUGAAAGCAGCCAACCUGCUCAUCUCCAACACCGGGGCUCUGCGCAUCGGCGACUUCGGUCUCGCGCGCGUAUACACGCCCAUGGAGCACGGCUCCGGCCCCGGCUCGUCCCCAUCCAAAGACGGCAGCAGCAGCAGCAGCAGCGGGCGCAAAUACACCAACUGCGUCGUGACGCGGUGGUACCGGCCGCCGGAGCUGCUGCUCGGCGCGCGGCAGUACGGCGGGGAGGUGGACAUCUGGGGGAUCGGGUGUGUGCUGGGCGAGAUGUUUAUGCGGCGGCCGAUUCUGCCGGGGACGUCGGACGUGGACCAGCUCGAGAAGAUCUGGCAGCUGUGCGGGACGCCGAAUCAGCAUACGUGGCCGAACUAUGAUGAGUUGCCGGGGUGCGAGGGGGUGAAGAGGUUUAAUACGACGUAUGGGAAGAGGCUGAGGACGGCGUAUGAGUCGAUUGGCCCGGAUACGUGCGAUUUGCUGGACAAGCUCCUGACGUGCAACCCGCGCGAACGGAUUACGGCUGCACAGGCGCUCGACCACGAUUACUUUUGGAGCGACCCGCUCCCUGCAGAUCCCAAGACAUUGCCCUCGUACGAAGCCUCGCACGAGUUCACGAAGCGCAGCCGGCGCCCUAUGCCCCCUCCGCAGCCGAACCUGGGGCACAUGCCGCCGGUGCCGAUGAACGACGGGCAGUUCCGCCAUUUUCCGCCGGGCCCGAUGCCGAUGGCGCCUAUGCAAAUGCAAAUGCAGAUGCAGGUUCAGAUGCAGAUGCAGAUGGGCGGCGGGCCGAUGCCCAUGGGUGGGCCGAUGGGUGGGCCAGGUGGUCCGAUGCCGCCGAUGCAUCCUCAACAUCAUCGAGGUCCGCCGCCAGGGUAUGCGCAGCAGCAGCAGCAGCAGCAGCAGCAUGCGUAUGGGCAUGGACCUGGACCUGGGCAUGGGCAUGGUGGAUUUUAUGGCGCGCCGCCGCCGGGACAUGGUCCUCCGAUGCAUAUGAACGGUCCGGGGCCGAUGGGUGGUGCGCCUGGGCAAGGAUCGAGAGCGCAUGGACAUAUGAAUCCGUAUGGGCCGCCCAGUGGGCCUGGUGGGCGGGGUGGACGAGGAGGCGGGUACAACGGCGGUGGCGGAGGCGGAGGCGCAUACGGAGGAUUUGGGGGGUACGGCGGGCCUCCGCCGCCGCAAGGUCCGGGUGGCGGUGGUGGGCGGCAUCCGCCUCGAGGUCCGGCCGGCGGUGUGCCGGGGAUGAUGGGCGGGCCGCCGCAGAACGGGAGAUGGGAGCGGGGCGGGCAUCAGCCGUCUGGGUUUGGGUAUGGUAAUGGGCCGAAUGGACCGAAUGGACCUAACGGACCUGGAGGCGGGCCUGUGCCUCCUGCAAGUUUGCCUGCGAGGCCUCCGGCGCCGCUGGGUCUGGGUAAGCCGCCUGGUGAGGGUGGCGGCGGCGGCGGAGGGAGAGGUCCUCGUGGCGGCGGUGGUGGUGGUGGACCUGGAGGAGGAGGUCGAGGAGACGCGUCUGCGGAUGCGAAUGCAGGUGGGAGCGAUGAGCUUCCGUACUCGUGAAGCGCUUGCCGCCAGCUCUGGAAGGACUGAGCGAGAUUGGCUAUGGGUUGAUUGAUGUUCGUGAUCGGGAGCUGCAUGUAGAUGUGAUUGGCUUUGUAGAGUUUCAUUCUUCUUUUGUCUUGUUUUGUGAAUCAUGUUUUCUUUCUCUUGCAUUACUGUAGAUACAUAGUGGCAGACACACCAUUACUAGCAUUAUUCUAACGACAAUUGUAUUACCCUCUCACUUUAAAUCUGGACUCGCGUUG